UUAAUGCAUUAUAGUUUGCUCGCUUGUUUCACUUUUUUCAUCUCAUCCUUCCACAAUCAUCGCUCUCAUCUCUUCUCCGCGGCAGACCAGGUCCCUGCCAGUUUUUUUUUUUCUAAUGUAGAAAAAAGAAGAAAAAAGGAAAAGAAGACACGUGGUUGUUACAAACCUCUCGCAGGACACAGCGGGGAGGCGGAGGUGGAGAGAUGCGGACGCAGUCGGGAUGGGAGAGGACGCGUUGAGGAGGGAGCCCGAACCAUGGACAUUCUGCUGCUGAGCAGCCUGCAUGUUUUUGGAUAAAUACUUUGCAUAUUGCGUUUCCUCUCUUUCUCUCCAUCCCUCUGUCUUUUGCCAAAUGACUUGCAGGAUGUGGAAGACUGCAGGUGAGAAGAGAAGAAAAAAUGUCAUUUUCUGUAGAUUUCUGUAGUGAAAUGUGCGCUCAAGUCUUAAUGGGAUUUUUCUACAGAUUAUUUACGCACAUUUCAUAUUUUUAAAAGUCAUACCUUGACAAAAAAAGAAAAAAGAAGAGAGACCCAGAAUGGAUUUCUUUAAUAGCUCCAGCCUGGAGGACAGGAUAGAGGCAGAAAAUAGCUCCUCUAAUUCCACUUCUCAGAGCCAGUACACCCAGCUCGCUAUCUGGGGUCUGGCAGGACUUGUCAGUUUUUUGAUUUUGUUUACAAUAGUCGGGAACGUUUUGGUCGUUAUUGCCGUUUUAACGAGCAGAGCUCUGAAACCACCCCAGAACCUUUUUCUCGUCUCCCUGGCUAGUGCGGACAUACUUGUAGCCACCCUAGUCAUGCCCUUUUCUCUGGCAAAUGAACUCAUGGGCUACUGGUUUUUUGGCAAAAUUUGGUGUGACAUCUACCUGGCUUUGGACGUUUUGUUCUGCACCUCUUCUAUUGUUCACCUGUGCGCUAUUAGUUUGGACAGAUACUGGUCAGUGACACAGGCGGUAGAGUAUAACUUAAAGAGAACACCUAAAAGAGUUAAAGGCAUGAUUGUCGUGGUGUGGUUGAUCUCAGCUGUUAUCUCCUUCCCACCAUUGAUAUCAAUGGACAGGAGCAGCAAUGAAGCCAGUCCCCAGUGUAUCCUGAAUGAUGAAACCUGGUACAUUCUCUACUCCAGUAUUGGCUCAUUCUUUGCCCCCUGUGUCAUCAUGAUCCUAGUCUAUAUCCGGAUCUACCAAGUGGCAAAGACCAGAACCAGAACAAUGUCAGAGAAAAAGAGGGAUGUGGACUCGCCCCUGGAGAAUGGGAUGGACAAAGCUGAACCGGGCAAAGGAGGGUCAUUAAAGUCCGCCAGAGGUGGAAGUGUGAAAGACCAGGAACGUGAGAACGGGCACUGCCAAGAUCAGGCAGUUGGAUCCCCCCUACCGAACGAGCCGAAACAUCCACCGGCAGACCACGAUGAUGACUUUGAGGACAGCAGCUCAUCAGACGAGAAACCUAAAAAAAAUUCCAGUUCCUCCAAACAUCACCACGAUGACAGGAAAGACAGGAAGUCCAGCAGGAAAAGUAGCUCCGCCUCUAAAUACUCCAGCAGAAAGUCACGUGCCAGUUCCAAGUCUAUGGAGCUGUUCUCAUCUCGCCGCAAACGCAGGAGCACCGUCAAUCGGAAGAAAGUCUCCGCCGCUCGGGAGAAGCGCUUCACCUUCGUUCUCGCCGUCGUCAUGGGCGUUUUUGUCGUGUGCUGGUUCCCGUUCUUCUUUUCCUACAGCCUGUACGGAAUCUGCCGGGACCCAUGCCAGAUCCCAGAGACGCUGUUCAAAUUCUUUUUCUGGAUUGGCUACUGUAACAGCUCUCUAAACCCAGUCAUCUACACAAUCUUCAACCAGGACUUCCGCAGAGCGUUCCAGAAAAUCCUCUUACAAGUGAUGGAGAAAAUGAAAGAUGACUCCUUAUAGAUGACCUCAAACAAAGCAAUCAGAAGGAAGGCUGUCCAUUAGAG